GUCUCGCGAUAUCUAGUCUCUCCCACCUCUGUUUUCUUACCGGCGGGUAGUAGUGGAGGGGCUCACUCCCCUCCCAUGGCGCCUCCCCCCGGCCUCGCGCUGCCCCCCGAAUUCGCCCUUGUUUGAAGCGGCCUGGGGGCCCUUCGUCCCCUCCCGGCGCCGGGGCGCUGCGGGAGCCACCGGAUAUGAAAAUGAGUUGUACGAUUGAGAGAGCCCUAGCUGAUGCUAAAGCACUAGUGGAACGACUAAGAGAACAUGACAACGCAGCAGAAGCUCUUAUUGAACAGACUACAGCUCUCAACAAGCGGGUGGAAGCAAUGAAGCAGUACCAAGAAGAAAUUCAAGAACUCAAUGAGGUAGCAAGACAUCGGCCUCGAUCUACCUUAGUAAUGGGUAUCCAACAGGAAAACAGACAGAUUAGAGAACUGCAACAGGAAAAUAAAGAACUACGUACAUCUCUUGAAGAACAUCAGUCUGCUUUGGAACUCAUAAUGAGCAAAUACAGAGAGCAGAUGUUCAGGCUGCUUAUGGCCAGCAAAAAGGAUGAUCCAGGUAUAAUUACGAAGUUAAAAGAGCAACAUUCCAAGGUAGAGCUACAAGUGCAUAUGGACCAAAUUACAGAAAUGGCAGCAGUAAUGAGAAGAGCCAUUGAAAUUGAUGAGCAGCGCGGUUGCAAAGAGCAGGAGCGUAUCUUUGAGCUAGAACAAGAAAACAAAGGCUUGAGGGAAAUUCUUCAGAUCACCAGAGAAUCAUUCCUGAAUCUCAAGAAAGAUGAUAUAUCUGAGAGUACAUCUCUGUCAGCACUAGUAACAAGCAGUGAUCUGAGCCUGAGGAAGAGCUGAAGAUUCUGUGAAGUCAACCAACUCUUGCACAUUUAACAGUUCAAAAUAUCAGGGUUCGCUUGUCAAGCAUUGGUUAAUGAAUAGGGCACCAGAAAGCCCAUGUAUUUUAAAUUGGACUUCAGUUUAAUGCUUUAGACAGUGUACAAUAUAGUUAAUUGCCAUAGACCUAACUCUUGUAGUAAACUGCUUCUCAAUGCAGUUGUGGAAUAGGACAUGAAUUUGUUGUUAAUCUGGUCAAAACAAAUUAUAAGCUAAACAGUCACAUACAGAGAAUCUAUAUAAACUACUGAUCAUGAAAAGGACACGUGUAAACAACAUGGUUGAAGUCAGUGUAAACAGACCUCAUGAAGAAUCCUGUUCAAAAUAUAUUCACGUACAUUUGGUAGAGCAAUUAGGAAAUAGCUAAUUUUAAGAUGACAAAUCUUGUUAUUCCUAAUACUGUUGUCAGCAGUAAAGGUACUUUCUCUAGGCAGUCAUAGUAUCUUCUGCUCGGCUAGGUCUACACUGGCCCCUUUUCCGGAAAGGGCAUGUUAAUUUCACCUAUCGUAGUAGGGAAAUCCGCGGGGGAUUUAAAUA